UCGCUGUGGUAUGGUUGUCAUUUCGUCCGUCUAUCGAAUAAAGUGAUAGAUGAAUGGAGAAUAAUUAACAUCAUUGCAGCAAGUCUGACAUUAAUAUUAACAUUACGAUAACGAUCACUGCGACCGCACGAACGACCAAGUGGAUUCGUGAUAAACGCUUCUAUACACCGCCAUGAUCGAUGUGAAAAACAAAGAUGGCGGAAUAAUACGGUGAUCAUAACCAAACGUUGUGGACUGUGGUAGUUAUGUACGGUGGUGGGCGGAGGUCACAGCGGUGUCACGGCGCCUGAGCGAGGCGGAGCGCGAUGGCCCGGCCGGGGUGAUGCCGCCGCGGCCAGCGGCCGGCCGCGCGGCUAUGGCGGCUGAGGAAGAUCGCCCGCCGCUCCCUCUGUUUACCGCCGUUUACGACUACAUAGCGCAAGGAGAGGACGAGCUCUCCUUGCGUCGGGGAGAGAUCGUCGAAGUCCUGUCAAAGGAUGCCAACAUAUCGGGGGACGAAGGCUGGUGGACUGGUAAAAUCGGCGACCGCGUUGGCAUCUUCCCUGCCGUGUAUGUUACCGACGACGACCCCCUGGCGGUCACGUCGGUGAUUGGAGAUGUCGACCCGCCCCGAGUGUCAUUUUCUGAGCUGAAGCUGGAAGAAGUGAUCGGGGUGGGCGGCUUUGGUAAAGUGUAUCGCGGUUACUGGAACGACGAGGUCGUGGCGGUGAAAGCAGCGCGCCAGGACGCGAACGAAGAUAUCGAAGUGAUAAAAGAGAGUGUGUUGCAAGAGGCGAAACUGUUUUGGAUGUUGCAACAUGAUAAUAUAGUGUCUCUUAAGGGUGUGUGCUUAGAGGAGCCCAAUUUGUGUUUGGUGAUGGAAUACGCGCGUGGAGGUCCUCUGAAUAGAGUGUUGUCAGGUCGCAAGAUUCGGCCUGGUAUCCUCGUGGAUUGGGCGAUCCAAGUGGCAAGAGGGAUGGCCUAUCUUCAUGUCGAUGCACCUAUUUCGCUUAUUCAUCGAGACCUGAAAAGUUCCAAUGUUCUGCUCAGCGAGACUAUACUGCCUGACGAUAAUCUCGAAGACAAGACUCUUAAAAUAACAGAUUUUGGUCUCGCCCGGGAAGUGUACAAGACCACCAGGAUGUCAGCCGCGGGCACCUACGCCUGGAUGCCGCCCGAGGUGAUAAAGAACUCGACGUUCUCUCAUGCGUCCGACGUGUGGUCCUACGGUGUACUUCUAUGGGAACUGUUGACGGGCGAAACGCCAUACAAAGGAAUCGACGCCUUAGCAGUAGCGUACGGAGUCGCAGUGAACAAGCUAACGCUACCCAUACCAAGCACGUGUCCGGAACCAUGGAGAGUGCUGAUGGAAGCUUGCUGGCUCUCCAAUCCUCGCGAACGACCCUUAUUCCCCGAGAUCCUGACACAGUUGGAGAGGAUCAGGCAGUCGGAGUUCACGCGGGCGCCUCACGAGUCCUUUCACACGAUGCAAGACGGCUGGAGGCUGGAGAUCGAAGAGGUUUUGCGUGAUCUCAGGAGGAAGGAGAAGGAAUGCAGAACUAUCGAAGAGGAGCUACGUUGUCGCGAGGAGGAAUUGACUCGUGCUCAGUUACAACAACGUCUAGUCGAGCAGAAUCUGGCGCAGAAGGAGAGGGAACUGGAGAUGAGAGAGAUUGAUCUCGCAGCGAGGGAGUUGCACAUACUGAUCGUUGCGAGCAACAUGUCGCACAGUCAGCCGCCACAGCCUAAUAAAAGAAAAGGCAAAUUCAGCAAGAUAAAGUUGCUCAAGAAAGAUACGAUCUCGUCUCCGCUCGACUUCCGGCACACCCUGACCGUGCGACCCUCGGAGGACGAGUGCAGCGUCAAGCAGCUGGUGGCCGUCGCCAAGGACACCCCGCCGGGAUCACCCGCCAUCAUGAGAGCCAUCGCUCUGCCGGCGGACGGCGUGAAGGGCAAGACGUGGGGCCCGUCCACCGGCCACCAGCGCGCGCGCGCGCACCUGCCGCUGCCGGCGCUGCGGCCGCGCGCGCACCGCCCGUCCACGUCGGCGCCGCACCUGCCGCCCGCCGCGCCCGCGCCGCCCGGCUUAGCGAUAGGCGCGAUCGAGGACCCGAAGCGAAAACCCCGAAAAUCGAAAUCGCAAGUGCGAGCGCCGAAGGCCGACCUCGCCAAGAAGCGCAGCGGCAGCCACGACGACCUGCUGCGCGAGCGGGAGCCGCGCCGGCACCGCUUCCUGCUGUGCUCCGCCGCCGCGCCGCCCCCCUCGCCCCCCCUCGCCGGCCCCCUCGCCGCCCCCCUCGCGCACUACGACACGGUGUUCGACGCGCCGCCGCGCAAGCCGGACGUCAAGAGGAACUUCCUGAAGAGCAUUCGCUCCAACAACCUGGUGGGGCUGCUGGCGGUCGCCGGCGGGCUCUCCUCCGAGACGACCGAGCUGCUCAGGGACGAGUGACGUGUCCGGUCGGAAUCGAAUCAGUUCUCGUUCUGGAAACGAAUCGAUUGGUUACUCCUUUCUGUUACAUAGUUUAUGACGAUUAUACGAUACCGUUUAGAUAUUCUGUGAAUGAUCAAUGUUAUACUAAUAUCCUCAACUUCAUAUCGGUUUCGAUCGGAUCCAGCGAUACUCGUCUCUAAGCGACAUUUUUAAUCUGUAAAUAUAAAUAGUAAAUGAUGUUCCAUGGAUUUGAUAUUAGUACGUAAAUUAGAUUAAGAAUAAAAAAUAAAUAAAAAAAGACUUAUUUUACUUAGGAAUAGCUUUAAGAUCAAUAUUCGUUGAUUGUAAUAUUUUUCGCUCUCAGAGAAAUCGCUACGAACACGUAAGUUUAUAAAUAAAUUAUUUUUUUAAUUUUGUUUAUACAAAGUAUGUAGAAAAGCGAAUUGAGACGGGCAUAAUCGAUUUUAGUUUUAUUGUAUUGUAUAAGUAGCGAUUUCACUCGAAUAAAAUAUUUGUGUAAAAAAAAAAUGCAUGAAUUUAAAAAUCUGUGUUUAAUCUGUGUAAUACUAUGAUUUACGCUGCAUUUAUCUCACUAGAUAUAAUUUAAUAUUAAGAUUAUGUUAUUAUUUGACGAUAUGUACGCACGUACGUAGAUAUCAAUGAUUUGUGUUCAUAUAGCAAUUGUUUUUUAAUUAAAAAUCGAAAUGGCAUAAAAAAAAGUUUCUCAAAAUUUUGGUUAAUGUGGUAUAAACUUAGGUUAGUUUAUUUAGAUAUUUAUCGCUUAAAAGACUUAAAGGUGAAUCAAAAUCGUUCGACUGAAUAUAAAAUAACAUCUUGCCAAUUCUAAAACAUUGUAAUAGAGUAAUGCGAACGGUAACGGUAAAAAACUAAUUUAAAAAAUAUUAAUGUUAUUCUUUUGCAGUUUAAUCUGUGGUUUUAUCAAAAAAAAAUUUUCUUUUAUUUUCUUGCUGCAAAGGAACGUCUCAAGAUAGUCUGCCAUAUCCCUGUAAGUACAUUUUAAUUGAAUUUAAAUAUUAUAUCAGAUGAAAACAGCUUUUAUCACAAUGCAAAAGAAACUAGUAUAAAAAUGAUUAUUUUUUUUUAAACAUUUUAUUGGAUGACAUGUCACAAACAGUGCAUUUUAAAUAAUCUGUACGUAAUGUGAAUUGUUGCAGAUUAUAUACAUAUCAAUGUAAUUUAGUUAUUUUUUUUUUUAUUAUUUAAAAUUAGAAAGAUUGUCGUGUGAUAUUCGAAUUUGUGCAUUAUCUGUUGAUUUUUUUUUUUAGUAUUCGUUUGACUUUUAUUUUCAUUUUGUAAAUUGUAAGCAUUUGUUUGCUUCCAGCCUGUCUUCAUAUAGUUAGUUAAAGAUAAGCGCUAUGCAUGCUUCUCAGUUCAUAGUUAAGCUAUAAUCGAUAAGUUAUAACUAUAUAUGUAUUUGUCGUACUUACUUAUUUGUUAGUUCGUAUGAUAAUGCUUCGUCUCAUAUCACCAUGUGGCACGCUUUCAAAUGUUUACAAUCGUUGUGGUGACGUGUAAGUGAAAGUCUAUGGGAUUUUUUCAAAUACAUUUAUUUUUAUCAUUUAACAAUUUCAAAUAUUUCAUGAAGUUCAGACGACGGAAUCGUAUAGGCUUUCAAUAUUGACGGUAGGUGAAAUUUUAUGAUAGUACAAAUCUUUCCGCUGUAACAUUCGACGGUAACAACCUGUGGUGGUGGACGCGACAAACACUAGAGGCUCCGAUGUCGAUUAAUAUAGUCUAGAACUAUUAAUAAGAAUACACAGAUUACUUUGCCCUUUGUAAAAGUUUAUGAACAGAAACUCUUCGGUGAUCUGGUUCUCUAUAGUUAUUAUUAAUUAUUAUUAUUUUUUAUAUAUCAAAUAAACCUUUUCCAUAAAAUC